AUGGAUGACCUUAUGACAGGACACGAAGAUCUCGACGAAAUGAAAGAAACCUGUAAAGAAAUUAAGGCAUUACUAAAGGCAGGUGGUUUCGAGAUGCAGAAGUGGUCUAGCAACUCUGAAGAACUCCUGAAGGACUUGACUGAUGACUCGAAGACUCCGGAACCUGUAAAAGACAAGAAAGAAAUUAAAUUAGAUAAAAUAAUAAAGAUACUGGGACUUACCUGGGAUAGAAAGGAUGACACUUUUCACGUUUCAGUAAACUUACCAGCGAUCAGGACACCUGUAACAAAAAGAGUAAUUUUAUCUGAUGUCGCUAGCUUAUUUGAUCCUUUUGGCUGGCUCUCACCUGUUGUAAUUACAGCGAAGAUCAUGAUCCAAAAAUUAUGGCUUUGUCAUUGUGGUUGGGAUGAUGAGCUAUCUUCAGAGUUAGUUGACGAAUGGACGAGCUUCAGAGACGAACUACAAGAGCUGGAGACGAUUGAGAUUCCAAGAUGGAUCAAGAUGUCGUCUCGCUGCAAAGAAGUUGAUCUUCACGGGUUCUCUGAUGCCUCGACACUUGCACUUGCAGCCGUUGUGUAUGCAAGAGUGGUAGACGAGCACGAUGUUGUUCAUGUCACGAUGCUAGCUUCAAAGACAAAGGUAGCUCCCCUGAAACAAUUAACGGUCCCGAGACUUGAACUGUGUGCUGCGGUAUUAUUAGCAAAGCUGUUAUAUGAAAUUUCAGGACUAUUGAACAUACCUAUGCAUAGAAUGUACGCGUGGACAGACUCGAUGGUGGUGCUUUCGUGGUUGCAGUCCCCGCCCAGCCGAUGGCAGGUGUUCGUUGGCAACAGAGUAUCGGAGAUCAUCCAGCAUAUAGAUAACGACAGGUGGAGACACGUCUCGACGGAACACAAUCCAGCUGAUCUUGCCUCAAGAGGUAUCAAGAUGAACGCGAACUACUGCGAGUUGGAGGCCGGCUGA